UCUCCUUGCAAACAUUUGCAGCCAAGGAGGGCAGCAGUGCAAGCGGCGGCUCGCUGGCCGCGCGUGCAAGCGCCCCCCCUGCAUGCGGGGAGCAAGGAGGACCCCAACGGAGGAGGAGAGAGAAGCGAGGAGGGGAGGGGAAGCCAAGCCGGCCCCCGAAGCGAGAGGGAGGAAUCAAGGCGUUUCCCUCCCCCCCCCACCCUCUCCAUGCUUGGAUGGGCGGCCUGAGAGCCGGAGGCGGCGGCGGCGGCGGCCGUGGCUGUAAGGAGACCCUUGGCAAGGGGAGGAGGAGGCGGCGCUCUGCUUGAUCCGGAGCGGUGCUGAGCCCGGGCAGGAUUGCGCCCGUUUUCCAGGCAGCGGCGCUGGCGGCGGGGGCAGUUGCGUUGGCUCUCUGGGCGGGCCCCAGCCCGUGGCGCUCCUGCCCUUCUCCGCCUCCCCGGGCUCCUCUCCCCCCCCCCCGGCCGCGAGCGAGCCGCCUUCCCAGCAAACACCAGACUCCUUAAUUGCUCUCUGGAUUAGCCUCCUUGCGGUGAUGAAGCGGCGUGGAUGGCAGGGCUCGCUCGCCUUCGCAAGGCCCGGCCGGCCCCUGUAAGGAGCAGCCCGCCGGAUCGGGGGCGCUUGCAUGAGAGCCUGCCGCGCGAGGACGACGCGGAGUAGGGAAGAGCCCCGAGCGGCGCUUCGGAGCGGGGUCCCUUCUGCCAGCUCGCUGGGCUGGCGGCUUCCCGUUUGGCCUCCGCCGGCCAGCCUGCCCGCCUUGACAGCUGUUCUUGGGUGUCUCUCCCUCGCGGCCUCGCUUCUUCGGGGUUUCGGAAGACCUCCUUGGCCUACGGUUAUCGUUCUUUAACGUCAGCAAGUCCCAGUCCGCUUGCUCAGCCUGCUCGAUUGCAUUGCACGCUUCAUUCCUUCCCCGUAUUUUUAUUCUCCAGUUUUGCCUUUUGGGAAUUUGGGAUGGUCUGCUUCGGUUUCUGGAUUCCUUCGGGUCGCUUGCAGAGAGGUUCCAGACCCGUGUCAGUCUCGAGUCCUGCUUUUUUAAAGGAUCCGUCUCUGAGGAUCGGCCCGUUUUAUAUAUAAAUCUCUAUUUAUACGAACAAGCAAGUCUGCAAAUAGUGUCCUCUGUGUGUGUGUUGGGGUAGUUCUGGUUUUUUUGUUUUUAAAAUAUUGAACUAAAGUUGGGAGAAAGCGCUGAUUUCCCACCCACCCUCCUUCUGGGCCGACAUGUCUGCUAAAGAUAAUCCUUGCAGGAAAUUUCAAGCUAACAUUUUUAACAAAAGCAAAUGUCAAAAUUGCUUUAAGCCUCGGGAGUCGCACCUGCUCAACGAUGAAGAUCUAAAUCAGGCCAAACCUAUUUAUGGAGGAUGGCUUUUGCUGGCACCAGAAGGCACGGAUUUCGACAACCCUGUGCAUCGCUCUCGGAAAUGGCAGCGCCGGUUCUUCAUCCUCUACGAACAUGGCCUCCUCCGCUACGCCUUGGACGAGAUGCCCACCACACUGCCACAGGGCACCAUCAACAUGAAUCAGUGCACCGACGUUGUGGAUGGGGAGAGCCGGACCGGGCAGAAGUUCUCCCUUUGCAUCUUGACCCCUGAAAAGGAACACUUUAUCCGAGCAGAGAACAAGGAGAUCAUCAGUGGGUGGCUGGAAAUGUUGGUUGUCUACCCGAGGACAAACAAGCAGAAUCAGAAGAAGAAGAGGAAGGUGGAGCCCCCAACACCGCAGGAGCCCGGCCCGGCCAAGAUGGCCGUGACCAGCAGCAACAUCCCCAGCGCUGAGAAAGUGCCAACUACCAAGUCCACCCUCUGGCAGGAAGAAAUGCGGAGCAAAGACCAACCAGAUGGCAGUGGGGGAAUCGGCCUGGCCCCGAGCCCUGUGCAAGGCUUGGCUCCCCCUGCCUGCUCUCUGAAGGGAUCGACCCUGGAGAGCAGAGAAGAUGAUAGCACCAUGAACGGUGACCGGAGCGACUGCGGGCGGAAGGUGCGUGUGGAGAGUGGUUAUUUCUCCCUGGAGAAGACCAAGCAAGACCUAAAGCCGGAAGAGCAGCAGCUGCCGACCCCGCCGUCGCCUCCCAGCCCCGGCACCCCGAACAACAGGUACAGUGACCCCAACUCGCCCUCCCAGGAGCACAGCUGCCCCUUUCCUUCCCCAGGUGCCCAGCCAGGCGGCCGAAUGGUUUACAGCUUCUCUCUCAACUCGCUGGACUUGCAAGCGCACGAGGACCCCGUUGGCAGAGUCGGGGCCAGGCAAGCGGAGGGACCGGGCCGCCCCCUCUCCUUUAGAGCCAGCCGGCAGUAUGCCACCCUGGCUGACGUCCCCAAAGCCGUCCGGAUCAGUCACCGGGACGCCUUCCAAGUGGAGCGCCGGCGGCUGGAGCGCCGAGUCCGGGCCCGCAGCCCCGGGCGGGAAGAAGUGGCCCGCCUCUUCGGCAGCGAAAGGAGGCGCUCCCAGGUAAUUGAGAAAUUCGAGGCAUUAGAUAUCGAGAAUGCAGAGCACAUGGAGACCAACACCUCCACCGUUCCCUCCCUUUCUAGUGAGACCCGGCAGGGGAGGAGUGAGAAGAGGAUUUUCCCCAGGAAACGGGACUUUGCUGCUGAGACAGCAGCAGGCUCCAUCCUGGAUGUGUCGACUUCUCCUUUGUCCCCUCACCGUAGAGCGAAGUCACUGGACAGAAGGUCAACGGAGUCUUCCAUGACGCCUGACCUGCUAAACUUCAAGAAAGGAUGGCUGACCAAACAAUAUGAGGAUGGGCAGUGGAAGAAACACUGGUUUGUGUUGACUGAUCAAAGCCUGCGGUACUACCGGGACUCUGUGGCAGAGGAGGCUGCUGAUUUGGACGGGGAGAUUGACUUGUCGACGUGCUUCGACGUUACGGAAUAUCCUGUCCAGAGGAACUAUGGCUUCCAGAUUCACACGAAAGAAGGAGAGUUCACCCUCUCUGCCAUGACUUCUGGGAUUCGCCGAAACUGGAUCCAGACCAUCAUGAAGCAUGUUCGCCCCACCACAGCUCCAGAUGUGACCAGGAAAAGCUUCUCUCUGAAACUAUCCGUGCUGAAGCCCAGUUCCUUGCCAGAGGAGAAGAGCAAAACCAGCUCCUCUUUUGAGGCCUGUCCCAAACCAAGUGAAAAGCAGGACUCCGAGCAAGCAGAGAUUGACCCCGAGUACAAGCGCAGCCGUGCCCGGGAGCGCAGGAGAGAAGGCCGCUCCAAAACGUUUGACUGGGCUGAGUUCCGGCCCAUCCAGCAAGCCCUGGCGCAAGAGCGAGCAAACCUGGCCGAGACGUCCAAGGACAGCGCUGUUCCUUUCCCCAAGGAGCCUGGCACCCCCGAUGCAGACCCUGGGGAGCUGGAGCGGGAGCGGGCCCGGCGGAGAGAGGAGAGGCGCAAGCGCUUUGAGAGCCUGGAUGCCCCUGACGGGGGAGGCCCGGAGGAUUUCUCCAGGAUGGAGGUGGACAGGCUCCCGGGUUUGCCCAUCACUUCGGAAACCAAGCCCCAGAGCGUCCAUGUGGAGAUAGAGCAGCGGUGGCACCAGGUCGAGACGACCCCUCUGCGAGAGGAGAAGCAAGUCCCCAUCGCCCCCUUGCACCUCGCCCCCUCGGAGGACAGCGGCGAGACAGUCCACAAGCAGCACCUCACCACGCUCCUGGAGAAAGAGCUGGAGCAGAGCCAGAAAGCCGCCUCGGAGCUGCUGGAGCAGAACCGUGCCCUGCAGGACCAGCUGAAAGUAGCCUUGGGCCGGGAGCAGAGCGCGCGAGAAGGCUACGUCCUGCAGACUGAGGUGGCCACAUCCUCCUCGGGGGCCUGGCAGAGGCUCCAUAAAGUCAACCAAGACCUCCAGAGCGAGCUGGAAGCUCAGUGUCAGCGCCAGGAGCUGAUCAAUCAGCAGAUCCAGUCACUUAAGCGUAGCUAUGGGGAAGCAAAGGAUGUGAUCCGGCAUCACGAAGCAGAGAUCCAGAGCCUGCAAGCAAGGCUCAGCAAUGCCGCCGCAGAGCUCUCCAUCAAAGAGCAAACUCUGGCCAAGCUGAAAAGUGACUUGAAGGCUGAGAAGGAGAAAGCUGAAGAGCAGAUGGAGGAGUGGCAGCACAGUGAAACAGCGCUGAGCUCCCAGCUGAAAGCCAGUGAGCAGAAGCUCAAGAACGCAGAAGCGCUCCUGCUGGAGAAGACCCAAGAGCUGAGGGAUUUGGAAACACAGCAAGCCUUGCAAAGAGACUAUCAGAAAGAAGUGCAGCGGCUGCAGGAGCGGAUUGCUGACCUGAGCCAGCAGCUGAGUGCCAGUGAGCAGUCUCGGAUGCUGAUGGAAGAGAAGCUGCAGAGGAAUUACGAGGCCUUGCUCGAGAGCUGUGAGAAGGAGAAGCAAGUUUUGAUCCAGAGCCUGAAGGAAGUGGAGGAUAAGGUCAGCGAGUACGAGGACCAGCUUCAGGAUAAUGAGCAGCAGAUGGAAAUCCUACAGAAGGAGAAACUGACUGCAACGUUUGAAGGCAGUGAAAUCGUACACCAGCUGGAAGAGCAACUAGAGAUGAAGGAAGCCAGCAUCCAGAAGCUCGCUGAGCACAUCAAGAGUCUUGAGGAGGAACGGGAUCAGAUUAAAUGCAGGUUCCAAGAGCUGAUGAACCAAGUUGCCGAGUCAGAUAAUGAGGUUGCCAAGCUGCAAGCCAAGUUGAAAAUGGAGGAGAACAACUAUCGCACUCUAGAGCAUUCGUGCGGGGAGAUGUCAGGCCAGUUUCAGAAUUUGCAGAAGAUUCUGAGAGAGAAGGAGGAAGAGUUGAGAGUGGUGAGGGAAACCCACCUGAAAGUGGUUGGGAAGAAGGGUCAGGACUUUGGUGAACCUUUGUUUAAAAUGGCUGCUGUGAGUAGCAUAGAGGAAGCAGAAGAAAAUCAACAGUCCAAAGAUGGCAUGUUGAAAAUAUUGGCUGAUGAGACUUUGGCACCAUGUGUUGCAAAAGACACACACAAUUUGUGUGCUGCACUGAAAGUUGAUAAUGGUCAAGUUGUAGAACCAGGACAACAUCUGCAGGUUCAAGGAAGACAUCCAGUUUUGGAUUGCAUGCUCACUGGUGAUGAUAAUAAUGAUGAAGGCCUCCAUAGCAGUCAGAGGCAGAUAUGUGAACACACAGUGAACAUAGAUGACUGUAGAUCUCUGUCAAAGUCUGUAGACCUUCAAGAGAGGGAGACUUGUCUGAAGGACUUGGCAAAACCUGAUGUAGAAAUUCCAGGAGCCAAAAGGCAACGGAUACGUUUCUCCAAUAUUCAGUGUCAAAAAUAUGUUCACCCUGAUGGAUCAGAGAAGACAUGGACCAGCAGCACUUCUUCAGAUACCAGCCAAGAUAGGUCACUUUCUGAAGAGAGCAUGUCUUCAGAACCAGCUCCUUGUUACCCAGCUUCAGGUGAUUCCGAGACUUAUCUCUCUAUCAUCCAUUCUCUAGAAACUAAACUUUAUAUCACGGAAGAAAAGCUGAAAGAUGUCACCAUGAAACUUGAAAGCCAACAGGGCCAUAAUCAAGACACCCUCAUAGCACUUCAUAACCAGUGGACUGGCACGGAAGCCCAGCUUAGGGAGCAGCUUCAGAAUAGUCUGACUCAAGUCGGCUUGCUGGUUUCACAGCUGGAAAGUGAGAAGCAAGAAAAACUCAAGUUAAUAGCAAAUCACACCCUCGAGCUGGGAGGAUUCCAGGGGAGAAAUGAACAAGCCUUAACAUGCCUAAUGCAGUGCAGAGAACAGCUUAGAACUUUGCCCGGAUCCGACAGGGAAAGAGAGAGAGAGAGACUUGGGGAUGCCCUGUCUAGUAUGAAAACAAUCUUAUCUAAUGCAAUUCAGGGCUUACAAAGGACACUUGCUUUGCCUGAUCACCAGCCAAGAGAGAGGCUUACAGCCCAAACUUUGCAUGCAGAAAGCAACUUGAUGGAGGAGGAAGGGGAGGGGGAGAAAUCUGCCCUCCAACAGCAGCAAGUAGAAUUGUCUGAACAAGACCAUUUAAGGUUGCUUUCCAGAAGGGUGGCUUUUGAAGCCUGCUUGAUCAACCAGAUAGCAGACUCUUUGAGGGACACAACAUCCAAGGUUUCGGUGGUUCUCAGAGAGAUUCAUGGCACAGUGGAUGCAGUCUUGGUAGAGCCUUCAAAUAUUUCACAGAUGGCAGUGGCUUUGGCUGAUGUCUUAUCUAAAAAGCUAGUGUUAGAAGAUGAGUUUUGGAGCCAGGUAGAGGAGUUAAGAAAGCACUUGGGUGACAAGGAAGAAAAUGGGGGGAGGAAAACGGAGGCUGUGAGUUCCGUUGUCCCACAGUGCCUCAUUCACACUGCUGCAGACACCACUCUAAUUAAAGCAGAGCUUGGUUUUGUUGCCCAGAAAAUGAGGGAAUCCUUUCAUCAGAGGUUAAAAGCCGUAGAAGAAGAGCUCCACAACACCAGAACAGCCCUUCAGCAACACAAAUGCAUGUUGGAGGAAAUCAUUAACGCGUACAGGACUUCUGAAUUUGACAGUGUUAUGCAGCAAAUUUCCAAAGCCCUUGAAAUCCAGGAGGGUGCUUCAGAGAAGGCGUCAAUGGCAUGGGAUGCAAGCCUUGGUGACCGCAUGUCGGAAGACCACAGCUUGCAGGAUCUUAGCAGCCAAGCUCUCGCUGCUGUCCUGGAGGACCUUGCACAGCACCUCAAAGACAGAGCCAAUGUCCUGAAAGAGAUAUCGGUGGCUUUGCUGUCUCUAUCUCCGGAGGAGGCCCUCAGAGAUUGCCAUAAGCUCCUAAAGAUUUCGCAUAAUUCUCCUUAUGAGGCAUGUGUGGGGGAUCUGGAACGCUAUUCUUCUCUGCUAGUUCAAGAUGCAAUUAUCCAGGCUCAGGUUUGCUAUGGGGCCUACAGAGCGCGGUUGGAAUACAUAAAGGAGGCGAGGCUGUACAAGGAGUCACUACCCAACAUGGAUGCUCUGUGUCAGGAGCGUAUAAAGGCGGUUACUGCCCUCAGGGAAGAGUAUGAAGAAUUGCUCCGAAAGCAGCAGAGUGAAUAUGCCGAGAUGAUUGUUGUCCUUGAGAAGGAGAACGCAGACCUUAAAGCCAAAGUGGCUCAGCUUGACAAUCAGCGGAAAUUCCUGGAAGAGGAGCAGCAUGAGCAGAGCAAGAAGAUGUCAGAGCUUCAGGACAGAUACGAAGACGAGAUCAGAAAUGUGGUUGAGCAGUUAAAUAGUACAGAGGACACACUGAAGGCUAAGCAAACUGAAGGGCUCCAUCAACUAGAUGCUCUUCUCCAGGAUAAGCAGAACUUGGAAAAGUACCAUGAUGAGCAAAUUCAGAUGCUAGAGAACACAUUCCAAGUCAAGAUGAAAGAAUUGCAAGUCCUCCACAACGAGGAACUGCUGGUUUUGCAGGAGCGCUACAACCAGAACCUGCAGCAUUUGCAAGUCUCUUUGGAUGAGUACCAAAAGCAGCACACAGAAACCCUGCCCAUCAUGGCAUCUGAAACUGGUGCGGGGGAAGAAUGUGCUGCAGAUCAGCUCAACAGGGGGAUGCAAGUCUCAGAGAGUGAGAAAAACACCAUGCAUGGAUUAAGAGAGCGCGUUCAAGAGCUGGAGGCCCAGAUGGAUGUCAUGAGAGAUGAGCUGGAGAACAAGCACCUAGAGGGAAAUGCAUCCACCCUAAGGGAGAAAUACCAGAAAGACUUUGAGAAUCUUAAGGCAACUUGUGAACGAGGGUUUGCAGCCAUGGAAGAGACUCAUCAGAAGAAGAUUGAGGACUUGCAAAGGCAACAUCAGCGGGAACUGGAGAAGCUGAGGGAAGAGAAAGACCGUUUGCUGGCAGAAGAGACAGCUGCCACCAUCUCAGCCAUCGAAGCCAUGAAGAACGCGCAUCGGGAAGAGCUGGAGCGGGAACUGGAAAAGACCCAGCGCUCCCAGAUUAGCAGCAUCAACUCCGACAUUGAGGCCCUCAGGAGGCAAUACUUGGAGGAGCUGCAGUCUGUCCAACGUGAACUCGAGGUCCUCUCAGAGCAGUAUUCACAGAAGUGCUUGGAAAAUGCUCACCUGGCCCAGGCCCUGGAGGCAGAGAGGCAGGCCCUCCGCCAGUGCCAGCGAGAGAAUCAAGAGCUCAAUGCUCAUAAUCAGGAGCUGAAUAAUCGCCUCGCUGCAGAGAUCACACGGCUGCGGACACUGCUGACCGGGGAGGGAGGGGUAGAGACUGCUGGCUCGCCUCUUACCCAAGGCAAGGACGCCUAUGAGUUGGAGGUCCUGCUGAGAGUCAAGGAAUCGGAAAUCCAGUACUUGAAGCAGGAGAUCAGCUCCUUGAAGGAUGAAUUACAGACAGCAUUGAGGGAGAAGAAAUACGCCAGUGACAAGUAUAAAGACAUCUACACAGAGCUCAGCAUUGUGAAGGCCAAGGCGGACUGUGACCUCAGCAGGCUGAAAGAACAGCUCAAGGCAGCCACCGAAGCCCUUGGUGGGAAAUCCCCAGAAAACACCACAGUGUCCGGAUAUGGUCAGUCCCCUCAACUGGCUCGGUUAUUAAAUGGAAGCAGUGCCAAGUCUCGUGUGUCAGUGGAGGCUCUUUGCGGGGACUCUUAUGAUAUUAUGAAAUCCAAAAGCAACCCUGAUUUCUUGAAGAAAGACAGGACCAGUGUUGGCCGACAACUAAGAAAUAUCAGAUCAAAGUCCGUUAUUGAGCAGGUCUCAUGGGAUAACUGAAAUGCACCAGGUUCCAGGGUCCCUGUCAUAUAGAGUCUGAAGGAAGGCCUGACUGUGCAGGAGCGCCUCAAGCUCUUUGAAUCCAAGGACUUGAAGAAAGACUAGUUCUCUCCUUCCUGUUCAGCUUGACCACGCGCACCUCCUCGCUUGAAGCAUCACGGCACAAGCACCCUUUUGAUUUUUUGCCCCUUAGGAUCCUUGCUGCUGCUGCUUUCUUUAUGUUUUUUAUGGAUGCUCAAGAAGCAGAGACUCAAAACUGCCAGCAGUCCUUCUGUUACUUUCAGAUGGACUCCUCCGUUCCUUGCCCUAAAUCAUAGCCUUGAUAAGAAAGCAGGGAGAGAUGGGAGGUUUGUCUUCUUUUUGGCUCUCCACACAGAAGUCCUUCCUACUGUAUAUCCCUUACACUACGUGUCAGUAUUAAGGCUCCACAGCCUCUUGAUAAGCUAGCUCUGUUUUACCAAAUGCUUUGGUAUAGCAACAGGGCCCUUGUAGGAAAAACAGAGGUAGGGGAAACACACUGUGCUCAGCUCUGCCACUAUUGAAACCCAACACUCGGGGGCAUGCUUUGAGCCAAGCUUUGCACCUCUGAAAUAGAGCAUGCUCUCUUCAGCUCUGUUCUUUGCUCGGCAAGUCUCCUUAUUCAGUUUCUACCCAAACUGCAGUACCAACAAAUCAUGGGCAUGUUGUUCAGGCAGGGGUGGGAGAGGGAGGCAGUUUGGAGCAGCUCUGAUUAUAUCUUGGGUAGUCCAGCUGGGUGGUCAAAUUUGGGAUCUGUUCUGCUUAGAACCCUCCUGAAAAAAACGUUUAUUAGGUUGUGUUGCAAACAAUUACAAACAUUGAAGUGUAACAGACCCCCUAAAAUUAAAAAAUACAAGCAAGUUCAAGGUUCUGGGAGAAAGGUGCUCCUAGGAUCACCAGCAACCCUUGCCCCUGCGGUCAUGCCAGAUGCUGCACCCUUUAUUUGUGUCAGUGAGAUUUAUCUGCUUGUGCCUAUGUACUGCAGCAUGGUUCAGAUAUUUUUCCUGUCUGGUUUGCUGUGAACCUAUAAAUCUUGUUUUAUUCCUUACUCUGGCCCACAGGAUGCAUUUGGGCCAGCAGGUUCCAAGCAGUAGGAAGAGUACAGAAGUGUAAAUAGCCAGGUGCUUUGCAAAGCAACAAGGCUGUUGGCAUGCAGAUGAGCCAGAGAUGUCUGGGACAGCACAGGUUAUCAGUGUCCCAAGUAAAGGUAGAAAUGGGGACUUGCCUGUGGACUUGAUUUAACAGAUUUUUAAUACCAGUGAGGAAAAACAAACACUGUCCUUAUGUGCAUGCAAGCUGGUAGCAUCUAUGUGCUGCUUGGAGUGAAGAAGGAAUUUUCAAGAACAGGGAAAUGGCAGGUCAUAAAAUAAGCCUACGAAAAGGUGUUUUUGAAAAACAGCAGACCAGAUGUUGAUGAGUACAGGUUGUGCAGGAGCCCUUCUGGGUUUGAUUCUAUAUAUUGUACUUGAAGGAUGAAGGCAAGGAGUUCCUGAUUGGAUCUGUUGGCCUUUCUCUGUCAAAAGCUGUACAUAAAGGAGACUUUCAACAAGGCAUGUACAUCUCUUUACAAAAGCAGGUGUGUACUGCUCUUUAAUCAACAUGUAGCUUCAGUGCAACAGUGAAAUAUUGACAGCUAAUUCUGGCUUCAUACUUCGUGGGCAUGGACUGUUAAAAGCAGCUUUUAUCACUUUGAGUAAUGCGUACUCCACUUUCUGUAGUUUUCAGGUUACUUGAGGUGAGAUUCUACUCUGCAGACCCUUAAGACUAAACAAAAAUGAGCAGACACACGAGGUUUUGCCAUUGGCUAGCGAUAUCUAGCUAGCAUCUCUCCUUGCAGCUUCAUCCUGUCUUGUAAUGCUUUACCAGGCAUGCAGUUUCACAGUGAUGAAAUUUAGCUGUUUCCAAAUGAAAACUCCUUUAGAACAGAAGUAUCUAUGAUGCAUGAUGUGUACAUUUUUCAUGCUCUUGACUAUCUUUGUUCAUAGGCCACAGUACUUGGGGACCUUGGCUGCUGUUAAUGGCUACACAACAGGGUCGUUACAGUUUUGCUGUAAUGUAAUCUUCCUUCAAAAACUGCUGCUGUCCUUCAAUGGAGUGGUCUUAAUGGCAGAACUUCAUCUGUGUACUUUUUUGCAUGCUUGGCAAUUUAUUUUUAAGUCAGGAAUGAAAUUAAGAAAGGAUGCUGGCAGUUUUUCUCUCCCCUCAGGUUGUAGAAACUGAACAAAAGACAGAUUGGAGUAACUAGCAUCUCUUAUCACCACAUGGUCUGGCUGAAGAAGGUGAAGGUGAUGUAGCACCCUCCCCUCUCCUCAGCUUUGAGCAGGAUUCUAACUGGUCUGAAGGAACUUCCUUCUCCAUGUUGUUGACCUAUAACUAUAGAGAAAUUUGCCAGAAGAAUAAUACCUUACAAAGUGUUCCAAAUAGAUUUGGUGUUGAUUAAUAUACUUUCAGUUGUCUCACCUCUUAAGGUGCUGCUCUCCAAAGCAAGUUGAUAUUCUGGAAGUUUUAUUUCUUGAAUGACUCAAGAGAACAUCAUGUGAAUAAAUAGGCAUAUCUGUUGUAAGCUGCUGUGUCUCACAUAGCCUACACUACAAAAAAGAAGCAGAAUGUGCAGUCUAGUUAAACACAAAUGGAUGUACAGUAUAAAUACACCUGCAUAAUAGCUUCCUAAAUCUUGUCUGUUGCCAAUCAUUUCUUCCUCCCUCCCCCCCCCCCUUUUUGGAACAGUAAUCGGGUAAUGCAAUUUGUUUUUCUUUGUCCUCUUAAGAAAUGAAAAAGGAGGAUUGCUUGUUGCUGAUGUGCAAAAUCCAAGCAGGCUGUUUUUCCUGUGGCAGAGGCUGCCUGCAAGUAGCCCUAUGCAUUGUAAAAAAAAAAAAGUCAUUUUUUGUAACUACAGUAUACUUGAUUAGAAUCCCACUGGACUUUUGCAUUUUGAUGGUUCAUAUGCAGUACUUAGUUUGUUGUGAACACUUCAAGCACACACACACUCAGUGUAGCUUAUCUUUCCUUUGUAAUUUUUUCCUUUUUAAAAAAAAAAAGCUUUGUUAUUCUCUUUAAAAAUAAUAAUUUAAAACCUGUAUAGUAUUCAAAGCACGCAAUGUAAAUAUUUAUUACUCAAAAACUAGUGGAGGGUUGGGGGUGGGUGACCGGAUUUUUUUUUUUUUAAUCUUGGUCUAAUCCAUAUGUCUUUUUGACUUGGAGAAGGAAACAAAAGUAACCUGAUAAAGAGUGGGUUUAUGUCCCCCCUACAGAAUGUUUGUUGGCUUGUUUGAAUGUUACAAAUAUUUUUAGAUUCCUGAUACCUCUUUAGUUUUCAAAGUGCUGUCCCAAGAACAUGUACAGUGUUUCAAAAUCCACUGAUCUUUCAUCCCCCCACAGCUGCAGUCCAAUCUUACAGCUGACAACAGCAUAAACUCCACUGGCGUGUGCAGAUUUCCUAUACAUAUGUAGUAGGGGUGGUGCUAGCGGCUACUCCCACUAAGCACAUACAAAGAUAUUCUUGCAUGGUAACUUAACAUUGUUGCAGAAUGAACUAGGUUUCUAUAAGGGAACAGAGUAGAACUUGAGUCCUGCAACCACUGCUCCUCCUGAAUUACCUAGUGUGGUGAUGUAAGAGUAUGGCAAAAUAUGGUUAAUUUAGGAUGACUGUUCAGCUUACCGUUACACAAUUUCAGUACGAUGUAGUUUCAAUAGAGUUGCAGUGCUGACUUCAUCACUAGAAUCUGAAGUUUAUUAGAAGUAGGUGGGAGUCCAUUACUGCAUAGCUUAGGGAACAGUUGUGUGGCAGAAAAACAUGUUGCUUUUGCCAAUCAUGUUCAGCAGUCUCAGGCCAUACCUGAAAGUUCACUAGAGGGUACAUGAAACUCUGUGGGGGAGUGGGGUGGCAACAGAAGCAAAUGAGUGUCAACAGUGCUAAUCCAUCUGGACAGUAGAGGAACAGAUUCUAAUCUAGUUUAAAAUACUAGAUUAUGUCCAUCUUUACAAAGAGCCUGAGCACAAAUGCACAUCCUGUUUUGGAAUGGCAAGAACAAAUGUGGCUGAGGAUGAGCUAGCACAGUACACACAUGGUAUCACUACUGGAGUACUCCUCAUGCCCAGUCAUUACCUACCUACACUACGAGCCUGUUUGUCUGAACAAGCAGGCAGGAUUAGGACUACUUCAAGCUUAUCCCAACUGAUUGCAUCAUUCAGUGGCCAUUUGGGAAUCCCAGCACAAGGAGAAUGUACAAUGCCUGAGGCCUGCAAGGCAGAAGUUUUCUUUUUGUGAAGAAUGUGUUUGAGCCUCCUCCCGAGUGUGAAAAGUAUCUUUCUCUUAUUUUCAUGCUUUUUAAAGAGCUAGUUUCCUCUUCAGCUGUUCACUGUAAUAGAAGUGUCACUUAUGUCACAGUAUUUAUUCCUUACAAACCUUGUGUGACAUGCUAGGGUUCCCAUGGAUGUAGCUGAUGAUUUUUAUUUUGUAAAUAUUACUUAACUAUACAUAAAACUAUAUCGUAAUAAACUAUUUUUGCACCACC